AUGAGUCAUACAUGAUGAUGAUAAUGACAUGCUUCUUUUUCAGCCUUUGUGAGAUGUGUUAUUUACACUGAAUGUGCUUUGCUGCUGUCCGAGUCAGAGAAUCUAACUGAGUCUUCUGUUCCACAAGCUCCUGUACAACAGUCCAAUGAUGAGGUCUGUGCUGUGGUAUUUGGUAUCAGUGCUGGCAUUUUGCACCACAAGCCUAGUUUGUGCUUUUGGGAUCAGCGCCAACAAGACUUCCUAUGAUGCACACAAAGGAUCGAGCGUCAUUCUUGACUGCAAUUACACACGUCCCUCUGGCUUCUUAAACUGCAUGAAAGCUGAUUGGACAUUUAAAUCUCCAAAUGAAGGCGUCAAGUGGGCUUUAUGGCUGGAUGACGGUCAAAUGCAUGUUGAGUACAAACCUUUCAAGGACAGGGUUAAGUUCACUUCCCCCAACCCUUGUGAUGGAGAUGUUUCCAUAACGAUCAACGACCUGCGUAUGUCAGACACGGGGAAGUACGCGUGCAAGUUUAAAAAGGAUGGUCGAUAUUUGUGGAAAAACAUGACCCUGACAGUCAUGGAGGAGCUGAGCACACCGGUAUGUGCCGUGCAAGGAGAGCCUGUGGUAGGUAAGGACGUGAGUCUCCAAUGCACAUCCUCACAAGGCACACCCCCGCUGAAGUACAGCUGGACUAAGACGUGUGGAAACCUGAUGUUACCUCCUAACUCCAACGGGGACACCUCAGGAGGGACCUUGUUGGUCAACAGGCUCUCAGAGGAUGACUGUGGAAGUUAUCUCUGCACGGUGGAAAGUCUGGAUGAUACCAAACACUGUGAGAUCCUACUUGAGUGUCCAUUGUCACCUCCGACCACAAGCAAUGUAACCAAACACAAUCAGGUCCUACUAAUGAGUCCACGGUCUCCAUCAGUGACGAGCAAUGGAAAUCAAGUUGUCAUAGCAGCGACAGUGACUAUUGCUGUACUUUCGCUGGCCAGUGUCUUCGCUCUCACAGUCAUUUGGGUCUUGCGCAAAAGAUAUCGUGGUCAACUUAUUAUCAAUUAAAAAUGACUAGUGGCAUCCCCUCUUCCUAGUGGUCUUAUUGUGUACUAAUUAGUACAAUACAACUUUAAAAAACAUUGCGUGUGCUGCGUUGAUAGUUUCGUAGCACAGCACACACAAAGAUCGUAACUGCUCAAUGCCUGAUGUUUUGUCUUUGUGUUGGGUCAAAAAUAUAUUUAAAAGAUUAAGAAAAUAUUUGUGUGUACCAGCCUCAAGGUAGAUUAGGGUUGUCAAAUGUACGGCCCGAGAACAGGUUUCAUCCGGCCCGUGAGAUGAGUUUGCAAAGUAAAAAAAAAAAGAGCUGUAAUGUUUGAAUGAAAGAAACUGCUGUUCUUAAUGUGUCCACUAGAUGUUGCAAUAGCAAUUAUUUGUACCUUUGUAUGCCCUGCCGUGAGAUCGCGCAUGACCUCAUGAUGAUUUUUAGUGAUCGUAUACAAAAUUUUGUUUGAUUGUUAGGUUCAUGCCUUGAUUGUCAGGUUCAUGCCUUGAUUGUCAAAGAUGAUGUUGGCAAUGUCAC